ACACGGCCCCGCCCACCAAAAGAAGCAGCGUAUCACAAACGCCUCACCUUGGGAUUGGUGCUACAUACAAGACCGCAAAAGAAACGUCGCCCGCCGGAAAAAGCAGCGAGCCACCGCUCAAUCCACACCCCAGAUCAGCAGAAACAGAUGAAACCAGCCCAACAACCAGUAGAACAAAAGCUACUUGGGAUCGGCCCUCCAAAGAACAGGAAAACAGAAAACUCCCAACCCAAGGGAAAAACGGACAGAAACCCAAACUCGCCACACGAAAGAAACCCGAAACAACACAUAACAAAAUCAUCCCCAAACCCAAGGGUUUAGACCGAAUACGGGCAAGUCAAAUUGCCCGUGUAUGACACGUGAUUUUGGUCCAGUACAAAACCAUCCCUAAAACUGGCGGGAAUAUCAUUCUCGUGGCAGUCUCUUUCCCUCUCUCUUCCUCAACCUCACUGAUCUCUCUUACUCCUCAAAAAUCUGCCAUGAACAACGGCAACAGCAGGAAGCGUCCACCACCACCAUCUGCGCAGCACCACCACCAACAACAAAAGCAACAUGCGGCCAUGGAAGAAGAAGAAAUGGACGAGGACGUCUUCCUCGACCAAACCCUCCUCUACGAGGAAGAGUCCCUCGUCCUCCGCGAACUCGAAGACCGACAAGCCCUUGCUUCUCGUCUCUCCAAAUGGAGACGCCCCUCUCUCUCUCAAUCCUAUCAAUCUCAGUCCCAGAGCAUCAUGUUUCAACAACUGGAGAUUGAUUACGUGAUCGGUGAAAGUCAUAAAGGUUUGAUGCCUAAUUCGUCUGGACCAGCCGCUAUUAUUAGAAUCUUUGGGGUCACCAGGGAAGGACAUAGUGUUUGUUGUCACGUUCAUGGAUUUGAACCAUAUUUCUACAUCAGCUGUCCUCCGGGAAUGGGCCCUGACGAAAUAUCCCGUUUCCAUCAAAUUCUUGAGGGGAGGAUGAGGGAGGUGAAUAGAAACAGUAACGUUCCCAAACUUGUUCGCCGUAUAGAAAUGGUGCAGAAAAGAAGCAUUAUGUAUUAUCAGCAGCAGAGUUCUCAGCCUUUUCUUAAAAUUGUCGUGGCAUUGCCAACAAUGGUUACGAGCUGCCGUGGCAUACUUGAUAGGGGCAUACAAAUUGAUGGCAUUGGUACAAGGAACUUUAUGACGUAUGAGAGUAAUGUUCUUUUUGCUCUUCGAUUCAUGAUUGACUGCAACAUUGUUGGUGGCAAUUGGAUUGAAGUCCCUGCUGGAAAAUAUAAGAAGACAGCAAAAAAUCUAUCAUAUUGCCAAUUGGAAUUUGAUUGCCUCUAUUCGGAAUUGAUCAGCCAUGUCCCAGAAGGAGAAUUUUCGAAAAUGGCUCCAUUUCGCAUUUUGAGUUUCGACAUUGAGUGUGCGGGCCGUAAAGGUCUUUUUCCCGAGCCUACCCAUGAUCCUGUUAUCCAGGUGGCCAAUCUAGUUACCUUGCAAGGAGAGAACCAACCAUUUGUUCGCAAUGUCAUGACUCUGAAGUCAUGCUCACCAAUAGUUGGUGUUGAUGUGAUGUCAUUUGACUCAGAACGAGAGGUCUUGCUAGCUUGGAGGGAUUUCAUUCGUGAAGUGGACCCUGAUAUUAUUAUUGGAUAUAACAUCUGCAAAUUUGAUUUGCCUUAUCUCAUUCAGAGAGCUGAGACUUUAGGAAUAGCAGAAUUUCCAAUGCUUGGUCGUAUCAGAAACAGCAGGGUUCGAGUCAAAGAUACGACUUUUUCUUCAAGACAGUACGGCACAAGGGAAAGUAAAGAAGUUACAGUGGAGGGAAGAGUUCAAUUUGAUUUGCUCCAGGUUAUGCAAAGGGAUUAUAAAUUAAGUUCUUAUUCAUUGAAUUCUGUUUCAGCACACUUUCUUAAUGAGCAGAAAGAGGAUGUCCAUCAUUCAAUUAUAUCUGACCUUCAGAAUGGGAACCCUGAAACGAGACGUCGGUUGGCUGUUUAUUGUUUGAAGGAUGCUUAUCUCCCACAGCGGCUUUUGGAUAAGUUAAUGUUCAUUUACAAUUAUGUGGAGAUGGCUCGUGUGACAGGUGUCCCUAUCUCAUUUCUUCUUUCCAGGGGGCAGAGCAUUAAGGUGCUUUCUCAACUUCUUCGGAAGGCGAAACAAAAAAAUCUUGUUAUUCCAAAUGUCAAACAUGCAGGUUCUGAACAAGGAACAUAUGAAGGUGCAACUGUUUUGGAGGCCAGGGCAGGAUUCUAUGAGAAGCCAAUUGCAACAUUGGAUUUUGCAUCUCUAUAUCCAUCAAUCAUGAUGGCAUAUAACUUAUGCUACUGUACUCUGGUAACGCCAGAAGAUGUUCGCAAACUUAACCUUCCACCAGAAUGUGUUAACAAAACUCCAUCUGGCGAAACAUUUGUCAAGUCAAAUUUACAAAAGGGAAUACUUCCAGAAAUUCUUGAAGAGCUGUUAGCUGCUCGUAGAAAAGCUAAAGCAGAUCUGAAGGAAGCAAAGGAUCCUCUCGUGAAGGCCGUGUUAGAUGGGCGUCAGCUGGCUUUAAAGAUUAGUGCGAAUUCUGUAUAUGGGUUUACGGGAGCUACUGUUGGGCAAUUACCCUGUCUGGAGAUAUCUUCAAGUGUCACAAGCUAUGGUCGUCAGAUGAUCGAACACACAAAAAAACUUGUGGAAGAGAAAUUUCUGAUGCUUGGGGGCUAUGAACACAAUGCUGAGGUUAUAUAUGGAGAUACAGAUUCAGUUAUGGUACAAUUUGGUGUGUCAACUGUUGAUGCAGCUAUGAACUUGGGAAGGGAAGCUGCUGAAUACAUCAGCGGGACAUUCAUAAAACCCAUAAAACUAGAGUUUGAGAAGGUUUACUAUCCAUAUCUCCUGAUUAGCAAGAAGAGAUAUGCUGGUCUUCUUUGGACAAACCCUGACAAGUACGACAAGAUGGAUACUAAAGGCAUUGAAACAGUUAGAAGGGACAAUUGUCUAUUAGUUAAAAACCUGGUAAAUGAAUGCCUUUACAAGAUACUAAUAGACAGAGACAUUCCUGGUGCUGUUCAGUAUGUCAAGAAUACUAUUUCAGAUCUUCUGAUGAAUCGCAUGGAUUUGUCUCUUUUGGUUAUUACUAAGGGACUGACAAAAACGGGAGAUGAUUAUGAAGUGAAGGCAGCACACGUUGAACUUGCUGAGCGGAUGCGUAAGAGAGAUGCUGCUACUGCUCCAAAUGUUGGGGAUCGAGUACCUUAUGUCAUUAUUAAAGCUGCAAAAGGUGCCAAGGCUUAUGAAAGGUCGGAGGAUCCCAUUUAUGUGCUAGAAAAUAGCAUACCUAUAGAUCCUCACUACUACCUAGAUAAUCAAAUUAGCAAGCCACUUUUAAGGAUUUUUGAUCCCAUUUUGAAGAAUGCUAGUAAGGAACUACUUCAAGGGAGUCAUACAAGAUCUAUUUCUAUCUCUACUCCUUCAAACAGUGGUAUAAUGAAAUUUGCUAAGAAGCAACUGAGUUGCAUUGGCUGCAAAGCUGUAAUCAGUAAUUCUGAUCGAACUCUCUGCUCCCACUGCAAGGGAAGAGAAGCUGAACUUUAUUGCAAAACAGUAGCCAACGUGUCUGAGUUGGAGAAGCUUUUUGGGAGGUUAUGGACGCAGUGCCAGGAAUGCCAAGGCUCUCUUCAUCAGGAUGUGCUCUGUACCAGUCGGGAUUGUCCAAUAUUUUACCGGAGGAAGAAGGCACAGAAAGACAUGGCUGAAGCCAAGCUUCAAUUAGAUCGAUGGAACUUUUAAGUGAGGAGUUUUUCUUGCGGAAGUCAAAAUCUCUCCUGUUUUUUUGGUCAAUAAGGUUCAAACAAGUUAAAAAAUAGUUUAUUAAGCCUUCUUUGAAGUCAAGAACAGAAUCCGAAAAAAGUUAGAAAAAGUGCACUGGAGUACCUUCGAUCGAUCGAAGAUUCCUCCACGAUCGAUCGCAGCCUUUUCGAUCCAUCGAAGUGCCACGUCAGUGCCAGCUCAGCAAAGGAUAAGGCUAACAGAAGAUAUUUUCUUGCCAUGUCAUCUUCAAUUGAUCGAAGUUAUCUUCGAUCCAUCAAAGUCUCCUUCGAUCUAUCGGAGCCCCUACUGGCAAUAAACUGUUUAAUUCCCAAGUGUGCGCGAACUCCACUUAACUUUUGCCUGCGGGAUUAGACCAAUGAAAUGGCUAUUUUCUGACUUGUUGCCUACACAAAGAGGCUUGUAUUUAAAUCAAAUUGGACCAUUUUUGUUAGGGUCCCCAACUUUUAGCUAUUGUUGUUCAUAGUUUAGAUAUAAUUUUCUCUCUCUAGAUUAGGGUUUUUGGAGCAAAAGAAUAGGCAAGAAAGGAGAAGAAGAUAAACUUAACCAUGAAGAUAAUCCUUAAGGGUUGCAAGACAACAUCCAUGAGUGGCUAAAUCCUCCUUUUGGGGCUUGGAAAAGACCCUAGGCUUGCCUUUUAAACCCUAGACUCUUGAUUCAAUUGGGGAUUUUUGUUGUAACUAAUCUAUUGAUCUUGUGAUUUAAUAAAUCUUGU